UUUCUAGUACUUAUAAGGAGGCACAGGCCAUUCAUCCAUUUUUAUGAACCCCGCGAACCGGUUUGGGUUUCAAUACCUAGGUAAACCUAAUCUUUGGUGCUGCGCAUUUCUCAAUAAAAUCCUACGACACAAACCCUCACAGGAAUCGGAAUCAUUCUUAGAAACACUCGGUCAACUUUCUUUAAUCUACCAUUCGGCUAUGUUUUGAUACUGGGAACUUAUCAAUUGAUUUAUCGACCGCUGUCCCUACUCUCACAUUUCAACCAAAGGCUUUUAAAUCGUCCAGGAUCAACAACGUGGAAUCAUCCAUCUCCAACUCUCUCCUUGUGGUGCACUAGCACAUAUAGCAACUACGAUUUAAUUAAUACCUUCUUUCACCAACAAUAUGAAUUCUAUGCACCGGCAGAUUGGUAAAAUCAGGAAUAAAGGCCCUGGGGAUACUGCAAAAGUAUCGGUACUUCUGAACGACUAUGAAGAUGCGAAUAAGAUGCUCAAUAUGGUAAGUUGUCUCUACAUGUCGCGCCACAAUUCCAAACCCAUGACAUGAAGCAUUAUUGAUGUAGAUAACUAGAUAAUUGAAGCUUCCAAAGCAUGGAGAGACGCAUGGGUAUCCAUGCUUUCCACUCAGUUGAACACAGCAACCAGUUUCGAAGAAUUAUAUCAGCCCAUCGUAGGCACCAGCGAUGCCCAUCGAGACAAUCCAGCAGUUACCCCUCGCCAACAGAUGAGCCGAACUGUAAAAUUAAAGGAGACAUAUGCGGAACUGAAAACAGAUUUACUGGAAGAGGUUAUGAUGAUGGAUUCUCGGGUUACAAAACCAGCUACAGAGGCAAAGGACUUUUUACAACCUAUCCGGAAGACAAUUAAGAAACGAGAGAAUAAAAGAUUGGAUUGGGAGAGAUAUAUAGACAAGGUCAAUAAAGCUUCUGCGAAGAUGAAGAGAACUGAUCGAGAGAAUGCCGCGCUAGCAAAGGCUGAAGAGGAACAAGGGAGGGCAGCAGAGGUAGGGCCUUGCAUAUAUCAUGCAUGAAUUCACUACUAAUUGGUAUCUAGGCAUUCAAGGAUGCGGAUGCUCACCUUCGAGAAACACUACCACCCGUGAUUGCUGCAGCUUUCUCGAUACUCCCGCAUCUACUCGCUGCCCAAAUAAUGAUCCAAAAUACUCUCCUCGCCCAAUAUUACACAGCACUACACAACUACUGCGAAGACGUGGGUCUACCCUCUCCACCACCACCAAUGGAAGACGUAAUUGCAGUCUGGAACCAGGCCUACCUCCCCAUAAAACAGGAAGUCGAACUGAUAGACUGCAUACGCCGUGGCAAGGCUACCCACCAACCCAUGAACAUUGGCGAUGAAAACACCAACGCUAAAUCCGUAACUGGUCUUAACGUCCGCAAUGGGUUUUCUCGCCGUCCCUCAAAUCAGUCUAUGAGCACUAAUCGAGACCCUUCCCCAAACCCCAGCGCGUCAACCACAUAUUCCGAAGCUCGGUCUCCCAGGCCCGAUCGACCACCCGCUAUUCGUUCCGCCUCACGUCCUCGCAUUACUUCGGCACAUACUGUACCUGUGUUUUCACCACCGACGGCCGCCAGCACAGACUACUCUGAACCUCCACUCCCAAACCCUGGCGCAGACUACUCCAAUCAUCUAACUCCUGUGUCCACUCAUUCCUCCUAUACUCCCGCUGGCCCCUCGCCAGAUUAUUUCCAACGAGGUUCCACCAAUGAAGGCUUAGCCGUUAAUUCUGCAAUUGGCAAGAAAAAGCCUCCUCCGCCUCCACCUAAACGUCUCGGUUCAUCUAAUGGCGGAAUUUUCGUAGUAGCGCUUUACAGUUUCGAGGGACAGGGAGAAGGUGAUUUGAGUUUCAAAGAAGGUGAUCGGAUCAGGGUUACGAAGAAAACGGAGAGCAUAGAUGAUUGGUGGGAUGGGGAAUUGAGAGGAGUGAAGGGGAGUUUUCCGGCCAAUUAUUGUAAAGCUGCAUGAACGCGACUGGGAUGGAGUAAAGGGAUGAGAGGUUGUUUGUUUAUAUGAAAGCGCUUCAUUUCGUUUUAGUUUACGAGUACUGGAGCGCACGGGCUUUAUUUCAGAAGUCUUGAAGAAGGACGAUCUGUUUGUGAUAUGCAACAAGUUGGAGAUAUCUAGCUCCAAAAAUCUAUGGAUGACAUUUGGAAUCCUGUAUCAGGCAUGGAGGAAAGGUGAAAGAUGGAACAUGGAUAAAGAUGAAGGAUGGAGGACAAAUCGAUCAAAUAAAGGACUUACUUUUAACUAAGAUUGUACCUUAGUAUACUAUAAUAAUCUGAUAUCAAGAUCAAAGUCAGUG